AUGACUCUAGAUGUCCUCGACUUCAUCGAAUCGAAGAAAGGGUUCCCCGAGGCAAUAAAAGAGUCUCAAAGGAAGCGAGGUUUAUCGGAGGAGAUCGUAGACGAAGUGAUUGAACUUUACAAGGCAUGGGUCAAGAUCGACUUCGAAACAAACCAGAAAAAUAAGGAAAUCAAUGCGAAACAGAAGGAGAUAACUGCCAAACGAAAGGCGAGUUCAGAUGAACUAAUAGCACAGAAGAAUGCUUUGGAUGCGGAAAGGGCGGAAAUUGAGAAGAGGUCGCAGGAAGCCCAGGAUGUGGUCCGGGCUAAAGCAGCCUUGGUUGGCAAUCUGGUCGGAAAGAAUGUUCCAAUUAGCUUAACUGAGGACGAUAAUGCGACAAUACGAACCUGGCACCCCGAUGGUCCCAAUGCACCAGUAGAGCAAAAGAAAGGCAUUCUUGCUCAUCAUGAGGUCAUGCUAAGGUUAGACGCCUUCGAUAUGGAGCGAGGAUCCAGGAUCGUCGGCCAUCGUGGGUAUUUCCUGACAGGCGAUGGCGUGGACCUCAACCAGGCAUUAAUUAAUUAUGGCUUGGACUUCUUGCGUAAGAAAACAUAUAAGAAGAUUCAAGCUCCGUUCUUUAUGAAGAAGGACGUCAUGUCCAAAACCGCUCAGCUUGAACAGUUUGACGAAGAACUGUACAAAGUGACAGGGGAUGAAGAUGAUAAGUAUCUAAUCGCAACCAGCGAGCAACCAAUAUCGGCUCUGCACAGCGGCGAGUGGUUCGAGGCACCCAAGGAGCAACUGCCAAUCAGAUAUGCUGGCUAUUCUACAUGUUUUAGGAAGGAAGCAGGAUCCAGUGGAAAGGAUACAUGGGGUAUCUUCAGAGUGCACCAGUUCGAAAAGGUUGAACAGGCAAAUGAACCAAAGUUCCUAAUUACCUCGCCCGACGAUUCAUGGGAGGCAUUCGACAGUAUGGUGGCAACAUCCGAAGAGUUUUAUCAGACUUUGAAGAUACCAUAUCGCAUUGUGGCAAUUGUCUCCGGUGCCCUCAACCUUGCGGCUGCGCAGAAGUAUGACCUUGAAGCAUGGUUCCCAUACCAAGGCGCCUAUAAGGAACUAGUCUCAACCAGUAAUUGCACUGAUUAUCAGGCACGGAGACUAGAGGUCCGGCAUGGCCUGAAGAAGCAGGGAGAAGAGAGGAAGCAAUACGUGCACAUGCUAAACGGUACUCUCUGCGCAACAGAGCGCGCCUUGACAUGUAUCGUCGAAAAUCACCAGACUCCCGAUGGGGUUAUCAUCCCAGAAGUAUUGCGACCAUACAUGCAGGGAAGAGAUUUCUUGCCGUGGGUCAAGGAGUUACCGAAGACAUUGCAGAGAAAAAAGGUAUAGGCAAAAAGAUACUGCAGGCACCCUGCACCUCUUCUGUUCCGGACAAUUUAGUUGGGCACCUCUUCGCUGUAACUCCUCCAAUUUCGACCCAUUUUCUCAAAUGUACAUCACCGAACGUCGCACUGAUCUGACAGCAAAUGCUGAAGUGCCAAUAAUGAGAUGAUCAGUAAAGAAAAUCCACCGCCCUAAAUGGCUCGAAGGCCACUCCGGCAUCGAAGGUAACGAAGGGGUCUACAAGCUGGCCACCCAAACAGAACCAAGCCCCAAUCCCCCCUACCCAACCUCCCACGCGGGACACGUCUACACACU